CUGAAGUGCAUGAAGUGCAAAGAGGGGCCUCCGGUGUUGAUCAUCCGUGUUGGAGAUGCUUUUUGCAAGGCCUGUUUCAAGGAUUACUUUGUCCACAAGUUCCGUGCCACGCUUGGAAAGAAUCGCUGCAUUUUUCCUGGAGAGAAGGUUCUCCUUGCGUUUUCGGGUGGACCCGCCUCCAGUGCAAUGGUGCGACAAGUCCAAGAGGGCCUGAGUCGGGAUGCAGCCAAGAAACUCCGCUUCAAGCCAGGCAUCGUCUUUGUUGAUGAAGGAGCUGUGUGUGGACAGGACCUGGGGAAGAGACGAGAGGUCCACAGUCAGGUGGAGAUGAUCCUGAGAGCCACAGGGUUUCCUUUUCAUCUGGUGCACUUGGAGGAGGUGUUUGACCUUCCUGGCUCCAUCUUGCGCUCCAUUUCCCACAAUGCCACAGAUGACAGCCAGAGUUACAAGGAGGCUGUGGAUGGUUUCAUACGGCGGCAGCAGCAGCAGCAGAGUGAAAGGACUGGGGACUCUCUGCCAGGCCAGCUGUCUGAGCUUAGCGUACGAUGCCCUCCAGGGAAGGAGGCAGUGGAGGUCCCCGGGCCUCUGUCCGUCUCACACACGGCAGAACUGACCCACCUCUUUAGAGCAGUGAAGACGCUGACUGCCAAGGAGGAACUCCUGCAGACACUCCGGAACCACCUGAUCCUACACGUGGCCCGGACAAACGGCUACACCAAAGUGAUGAUGGGGGACAGCUGUACCCGCGUGGCUGUCAAGUUGCUGGCCAACCUCUGCCUGGGCCGGGGGGCCUUCCUCGCAGGAGACACAGGCUUCUCCGAUAGCCGCCACGGCGACGUGCUCGUGUUGCGCCCCAUGCGGGAGUAUUCUGCCAAAGAGAUCGCCUUCUACAACCGCCUCUUCGGGGUGCCCGCCGUCUUCACGCCGUCACUGGAUACUAAAGUAAGGGGGGCAGCUCUGCAUCGAAGUUCACCGCCUGUUCCGGCUGCCCAAAUACAGCGGCCUUGUUCCCCCCCCCCCCCGGCCCCCGGCCGGCCUCCCCAUUACCCCUUGAUAAGCUUCCUCUACAAGCUGCAGUCAGAGUUCCCCGCUACCAUCAGCACUGUCUACCGGACAGGCGAGAAACUUGGGACAACCCCUCGAGACGCUGGCGGAGACGCAGAGCCUGAGCGUUGCCUCUUAUGCCUCUGUCACCUGGACACCAGUGUUGUCGACGGCUCCUCCUUGCAGUCCACGCUGCUGUCUGAAGAGCUCUGCCGGAAACCACCACCGUCUGCUGGAAGCGGUUGCUGCGGGGGGGCUCCGAACGAGACGGGCUGCUGCAGGAGCUCUCCGACGGCAGGGGCCGUUCCAUCCCAGGCCGUGCUUUUCCCGCUGCUGUGCUACAGCUGCCGGCUGACCGUCAAAGACAUGACUUGCCUGGAACCUCUCCCACCGUAUGUCCACUCCGAGGCUGAGCGCCGUCAGCGCAGGGCUGCGAUGAAGCAAGAGAUCCAAGAGUUCCUUCUUGAGGACGACCUCCCUGCGAGCUGACGGCCCAAGCCAAGCCCAGCACCAACCACGCCGGGAGAAGACGGCGUUGGCCUUUCCGCUCCUGUUGUCAUGCCCCUUUUCUAAAAUAAAUUAUUUUGAAUCCAGGAGUGGCUGACCGUGGCUGCAGAAGCGCACACCCACUAGUUAUAGGGUCUUGAUCAUUUUCAGUGUGCAAAUUGCUUGAAAACCCCUGCAGGAUUAAAAAAACAACAACACCCCUACGAGGUAGACCACCAGGACUUUUGCUGAAGCCCCAGAGUGCUGGAAGCUGCAGAGGCAUCUUCUCUCGGCGUGAUCGAAAACCCUUCCGUCGAAAGGCCCAGCAGUACUGAGACAGUAGAAGGUGACGCUGAUCUUCCUCCCCCACCAAGAAGUUGCCAUUUCUAUACGCUGCCCUAAGAACUUACCAUGCUUGAACUCCGGGGUAGCAAAAUAUUUAAAACGAGUUCUCCCCCCCCCCGCUCGUAAAGUGAGUUGGUUCAACUGUGUGCCCUCUAAC